AAAGAAUUCCUCUUUGUAAAAUAAUACCCCAGGGCCCAGACCCACAAAAAUCAAUCGCUAUCAACUACAAUCUUCGUCUCUGGAUGCUCCCUCUCUCUUGGUAUCAUUCCUCAACUCGUCUCCAACAAUCGCCGCAUUUUCUCUCUGUUUCUCCGCCUCUAUAUUGAAACAGCGACAAACAAAUCCAUUCAUUCAACACCUAUAGUUCAUUUUCCAUUUAGGAAAAGAGGUUGCCUUUCUAUCUUCUUCGUAAAAAUUGAACCGUGGGUAUUGUUUCUUCCCCCUGUUUGGGCAUUCAUUCCCCUGUUAUAUGAUCUGGUUCUGCUGCCGGAUUACAAGCUGGAGUUGUCUUCCAAUUCCCUCCUCCGCCCGACGACCACAAUCACCACCGGCACAUUUCCCAGGAACCCAUUACGAUUCAACCCCCUCCAAUCCACCCGGCCGCCACGCUCUGCCGCCGUCCGGAGUCGAAGAAGAAGACAACAGUUGGGGAUUGUCGUCGGGAAGGGGGCAAUUAUGGCAUUCGAACAGGUCCCCGCUACACAAUCCCUUAUGUUGACCUCCGGAGCCAGCGGCCGGAUUAAUGCCCUGUUCUCGGCGAGGGCGUUGAAGGGUCUAUUGGCGUUGAUUCAUACCGUGGUAAUACUGCUAUUGCUCCCAUUUCGUGGCCGGAGGCGGGCGGCCCCCUCCGGAAGCUCUUCGGGUCACGGGGAAAAGGGCAAUUGCGAGAAGGGGAGCGCCGGCGGCGGGGCGAAGGUGAGGGUCCCUGCUAAUAUUGUUCCGUGGAAGGCUACGAGCUCCUGGGUCAGCGCCGGAGGCGGAGUCAUGGCAAUGUUGGAUCAGGAGGUUGCGGCUAGGAGGACGAUUGCAAUCCGGAGGGUGUUGCAGGAUGAUGAUCCUAGCUCGGUUAGGGCUUUCUCCAUGUUCAUCACUGCCAGGGGCGACACCGUUUUUACCCAGUCUUGGUUCCCGGUUUCAGGGGAGAUCAGGGGUCUCGUGGUUCUCAUGCAUGGACUGAAUGAACACAGUGGGCGGUAUAACGAAUUCGCAAAGCAACUGAACCGUAAUGGCUUUAAAGUAUAUGGAAUGGACUGGAUUGGGACUGGCAUGUCCAUUGGUGGAAAAAAGUAGCAUGUGAAGCUCCUUUUAAAUAUGUAAGCUUGCUAUUUAUGGCUGGACUUGUUGGUAAAGGGAAGGAUGCCUACCCUAAAACUUAUAGGUCAAAGCCCUUUUGGGAAGCUUGGUUUUCUCAGAAUUUCUUGGCAAAUUUUAUUGCCACUAGAUUUUCCUUAUUUCCAGGUAAAUCUGGGAAUCAGCAGCAGGCCCACCACCUUAAAAUUGUAGAAAACAAUUAGGAGAAAUUUUUUCAAGUUAUGACCAACUUCUUGUCUAGCAAAUUCCUGUUUCCCUUUCUCAUAUCUUUCAUAUGUGGCUUAUAUUCAGUUUUGUUGUGUUCCUAAACUACUAUUUUUUCUUGUUUGUUUCCUUCCCAUUCAGAUUGUUAUGGUCUGUCAAAACCUGGUUGAUGUUGAUAAGCUUUAUCACUUUCGUUGUUUGAGCAAUAUUUUCUAUGUUCACAGUAAUCUGUGCUAAAACCCAGGGUCAAUUUUCUUGUUUCUUGUCAGGUCAUGGCGGAAGUGAUGGUCUACAUGCAUACGUUCCUUCUCUAGAUUAUGCUGUGUCUGAUUUGAAAUCAUAUCUAGACAAGGUUAUAGCUGACAACCCUGGGCUCCCAUGUUUCUGCUUUGGGCACUCCACUGGGAGUGCCAUUGUUCUCAAGGCAGCUCUAGAUCCAAAAGUUGAAGCUACACUUGCUGGUAUGGUACUGACUUCACCUGCAGUAGGAGUUCAGCCAUCCCAUCCCAUUUUCGCGGUGUUGGCCCCAGUUUUCUCUGUUCUGUUGCCAAGGUUCCAGAUAAAUGCAGCAAACAAAAAAGGGAUGCCAGUCUCGCGAGACGCUGAUGCCCUAAUCGCCAAGUACUCGGACCCUCUUGUCUACACUGGAUCUAUCAGAGUUAGAACAGGUUACGAGAUCUUGAGAGCCUCGACCUACUUGCAGCAGAAUCUCAAUAGGUUCAAUGUCCCAUUUCUAGUCCUCCAUGGUUCCGCAGACACAGUGACCGACCCAGCAGGCUCCCGGAAGCUCUACGACGAAGCAUCCUCAAGUGACAAAACAAUCAAGCUAUUAGAUGGGUACCUGCACGACUUGCUGUUCGAGCCUGAACGACAGGACAUAAUGGACUGCAUAAUUGAAUGGUUAAACGAUAGAGUAUGAUGAUGAGGGCCUUUGUCGCACAUUAUUUUGUGUCGAAUAAGGUAACGAAAGAGGGCCUUCUGAAGUGGCCAUGGCCGGAUUUGGAAAGACCAUAGAAGGGAAUGACCAAUGAGGCUUCAUGAUUUCUUGGACUGCCAUUUUUGGAGCAGUCAAGAGAGAGAGAGGAAGAGCUUUGGCUGGCUUAUUUGGCCCUGUGGGGUUUGCUGAAUAACAUGAAAAAGUAGUUAUUCUAUAUUGGAACUGGACGCAAUGUUAGUUCAUGGAUUUGUUUCAAUGAAAGGCCGUGGAUUUGUAGCAUUGUUCUUUAUCAGCAACUUUUUCAGCUUUGGCAAAGACCAGCAAGUUUCAACGUCAUUCUUUUCCACUUCACAGCAGAUUUGCUAAUGACAAUUGUGACCUGAUUUUUGCACCAUUUUGACACUUGCUUAAUUCACUCAUUGUUACUGAGCAGAAGAAAGUUAGUUACAAUGGCAAUACUC